AUGAUGAUUCUUUUACUUGAUCAACUCUCAGGGACAAGCCAACUGUGUUUUAAGAGCUCGAUGGAAGAACAGCGAGCUAGUGCUCUUAGUGAAAACGUGGUGCAGUUUCACAAUGUGGGCUCAAGGGAUGGAUGCGAAGCUCCCAAUAAAUGGUCCUCCCCAGGAGAGGAAAAGAAAAUUGAUAUAAGCAAACAGAUCUUCUGCAAUAGAUCGCUGAAUAUGAAAAAUAUCAUCGCCGUUGGCUUUGAUAUGGACUACACUCUUGCUCAAUACAAGUCUGAAACUUUUGAGUCUCUUGCUUAUGAUGGAACUGUCAGGAAACUGGUAUAUGAUUUGGGGUAUCCAACUGAGCUGCUAGAGUGGAAAUUUGAUUGGAAUUACAUGGUUAGAGGCUUGGUGCUAGACAAAAAGCGAGGAAACAUCUUAAAGAUGGACCGCCAUAAGUAUGUGAAAGUAGCUUAUCAUGGGUUUAGGGAGCUCUCUAAGGAAGACAAAGUUGACAUCUAUGGCAGCAGCCUUAUACAAGAUUCUUUUGAUGAGCCUGACUACGCUCUCAUAGAUACCCUCUUUUCUUUGGCCGAAGCCUACCUGUUUGCGCAACUCGUUGAUUUUAAAGAUAACAACCCAGAAAAGAUUCCCAAGGACGUUGAUUAUGCCCGUAUGUACAAAGAUGUUCGGGCUGCUGUUGAUUUGUGCCACCGUGAUGGAACUUUAAAGCAGAUGGUGGCAAAAGAACCUAAUAGGUAUAUCAAUGAGGAUACUACGAUUGUACCCCUUAUAAAAAUGAUAAGAGAUUCUGGACGUUCUACAUUCUUGGUGACCAAUAGUUUGUGGGACUACACAAAUAUUGUGAUGAAUUUCCUCUGUGGAGGGCGCACUGUACAUGGUCCUCAUACUUGCAACUUUGAUUGGCUCCAGUAUUUUGAUGUUGUGAUCACUGGCAGUGCAAAACCUGGUUUCUUCCAUGAAGAGAGUCGUGCCAAUCUUUUUGAGGUGGAGCCUCAGUCUGGAAUGCUUAUUAAUACUGACAAUGGAACACCUAUGCCUCAGGUGGGAGAUCCGUCCCCUAAAAUUUUACUGAAGAGUAAAGAUAAAGGUUGUCGUGUUUUUCAAGGUGGAAAUGUCGGGCAUCUUCACAGUUUGCUCUCGAUUGAGUCAAGCUCACAGGUUCUUUACGUUGGUGAUCAUAUAUACGGUGAUAUCUUGCGCAGCAAAAAAGUCCUUGGCUGGAGAACGAUGCUUGUUGUUCCAGAACUAGAAAAGGAGGUUGAACUUCUGUGGGAACUGAGGGAUAUGCGUAAGCAACUUCUUUUGAUGAGGAAUGAGCGUGAUUCAGUUGAAGACAAGAUUCAUCAUCUGAAUUGGUCACUAAAGUAUGAGGAAAUAAACGAGAAUGAUAAGCAGGAAAUGUUAUCAGCGCUCAAGGACUUAGAGUGUAAAAGAGAUCAAGCACGACUAAGUCAUCAACAAGCUCAAAGAGAAUGUCACCAAAAGUUUCACAAGGUGUGGGGGCAACUGAUGAAAACCGGUUACCAGAGUUCUCGGUUCGCUCACCAGGUGGAGAGAUUCGCAUGCCUGUACACAAGUCAAGUCUCUAACCUACGCUUGUACUCGCCAGAUAAGUAUUACAGACCCAGUGAAGACUUCAUGUCCCAUGAAUUCCACCUUCUUCCUCUGUGA